AGACCAGCUGAAUGUGUACCGUGCGCUUAGCCUUAAAACCUGCUAUCAAACAAUUAUUUUCAAGCCAACAGAGAGCUAGUGUCAGUCAUGUCUGACGGCCCAGGGGGUUUUGAGGUGGAGGAGGAUGAUGAGUGCUGGGCACAGCUGGAAGACUACAGAAUGCUUCUUAUCAAGACUAUUGAGCCCUCAAGGAUAACACCUUAUUUGAGACAGUGUAAAGUGCUGAGCAGCGAGGAUGAAGAACAGAUCUACAACGACCCCAGUCUGGUUAUCAGACGCCGAAAAGUUGGGGUGCUGCUGGACAUAUUACAAAGAACUGGCCUCAAAGGAUAUGAGGCAUUUCUAGAGAGUUUGGAGCUAGACUACCCAGAUGUAUACCGCAAAAUCACCGGCAAAGAGCCUGCUAGGGUCUUCUCCGUACUUAUUGACACUGCCGGGGAAUGUGGCCUCACUCAGUUCCUCAUGAGCGAGGUCUCUCGCCUACAGAAGCUCACACAGGACGAACGGAGGAAGCGACUCGAAGUGUCUGCGCAGGCGGCGGAGCAGCUAGACGCCAUCCGCCAGCUGCAGCUGUGUGAGAGUGAGCUGCACAAACAGCAGGGCCGCGUGCAGCGCAUCCGAGAUGAGCGCGAGCGCAUGUGCGAGGAAGCGCGUAAACUAAGAGACGAGAAUUACCGAUUGAUGCACGACUUGACCCGAUCAAGCGAGGAGAAGAACUACGCGCUCAUGUGUAACAGAGACCUCCAGCUCGAGAUUGAGAAAUUGAAACACAGCUUAAUGAAUGCAGAAAGUGACUCAAAGAUCCAAUGGAAAAAGACAAUAACCUUGAAAAAUGCCAUGGAGCAGAGGCCAAGUCCAGAGCUGAUCUGGCAGAUGCAGAGAGAAAAUGAUCUCCUUACAGCUCGUAUACAAGAGCUCGAAAGUGCUUCCAAGGUCCAAACUCUGGAGCACGAAAAGCUUGAUUCACAGUCAUUAGAGGAAUUCAAGCAACAAAGUCAGGCACAAUACCAGGAGCUGGUGAAUGAUCUCUACAAUCUAAGGAGAGACCUACAUGAUGCAGAAAAGCUGCGUGAUAAGUAUCGAGAGGAGAAGGAUGAGUUGAAACUGAAGUGCACAAUGCUAAAAAAGGACUCCAAAAUGUACUGUGACCGAAUGGAAGACAUUCUGAAGCAGCUGGAAGAGGUCAUCAAAGAAAGAGACAAGGCUAUUUAUACAAGAGAGGAGUACCAUUUGGAGAACUCAAAAAAUCUCCAAGACAAAGACCAGUACCGCAAACAGAUCCGGGAGAUGGGCGAGCGUUAUGAUGAACUUCAAGUCCAGUUGUUUCGAACUCAAGGAGAAGUUCUUGCUCUCCAUUCAAAGCUUCGCAAAAAGAAAAACCCAAUUCAAGUGAACUCAGAAGAAAGCUCCUUGCUGAGUUCAUUUGAGUCAUCAACAGGGUUGCUUACAUUUUGUCCACAGAUGAAAAGUCAGACCAGUGAGGAGGAGUCCAGGGAAAGACGUGAAAAGGAUAUGAGUGAAGAGUCACAAAACCAAACAUCUGGCGAGAACAAUUAUUCAGAGAGGAUGUUCACUGAGGAGGACAUAUCAGCUAACUGCAGACUUGAAGGAAAAUGCAACUUUUAUUAUAGGAGGAAAUGUGCUUUAAGAACCAAAAAAUUCACAGACAAAGAGAGUGUGCAGUGCAUCCUAGACAACACUACUGGGAGUGAUACAGACGGGACGUGACAUACAACUUUGGACAAGGGGACGAAAUGUGGCCUUCUUUGACGGCAUAUUAAAAUACAAUUUAAUGACAAUCCAACAUUGUUUUGCA